AUGAACACCGCAAGCAUAACCAUCAUUCUGCUCACACUUCUGUCCAUCUUCUCAACAACUGAAGGGAUAAAGCAACCACGGGUUCUACGCUGCCUUUGCCCCAAAGUGCAGGCUGGUCUUAUUCCGUUCAGUGAUUUGAAGAGUGUGUGGCACCUCUCUCCUCGCCCACACUGUUCAAAGACUGAAGUCAUUGUCACACUCAAAAGGGGAGGUCAACUCUGCCUGGACCCAAAGAAACGUUUGGUGAAGAUUCUGGUGGAGAGAUCAACCAAAAGAAUGCAGGAAAGCAAACGUUCUAAAGAGGUUGGAAGCGUCACUCCUGCCCUGUUACACUUGUCAACCAAAUGA